AUGAUGCUCUGGGCCGUCGUCAGCGCCCUCACCGCCGUCGCAAAAGACUUCAAGGGUCUGCUCCUCACCCGCUUCUUCCUCGGUCUCACCGAAGCCCCCUACUACCCCGGCGCCGUCUAUCUCCUCUCCAUCUUCUACACCCGCANNACCCGCAUCGCCAUCCUCUACACCGGAAACAUCCUCGCCACUGCUUUCGCCGGUCUCAUCGCUGCUGGUAUCUUCCACGGUCUUGAUGACGUCGCUGGCCUCGCUGGUUGGAAGUGGCUCUUCAUCCUCCAGGGUGCUGUCACUUUUGUGAUUGCUGUUAUCGGAUACUUUGUCCUUCCUGAUUUCCCUCUUACUACUAGGUGGUUGACUGAGGAGGAGAGACAGCUUGCGCAUAACCGUAUGGAGCUUGAUACUGUGGGUAACAAGGGUGAGACUAGCACCUUGAAGGGUCUUAAGCAGGCUGCUAGUGAUCCUAUGGUUUGGAUCUUCUGUGCCAUGGCUCAUCUUCACUUGGCUGCCAACGGCUUCAAGAACUUUUUCCCUACUGUCGUCAAGACUCUCGGCUUCAACACCACCAUCACUCUUGUCCUCACAUGCCCUCCCUACCUCAUUGCCGGCGCCAGCACCAUCCUCGUCUCAUGGAUGUCAGGCAAAUACAACGAACGAACCUGGCACAUCACCGCCUCCAAGACGGUCGCAGUCAUCGGUUUCGCUUCCGCCGCCGCUACGCUCAACACUGCCGGUCGUUACGUCUGCAUGGUCAUCUUCACCAUCGGAACCUACGCCGUCAACAGUCUUAUCCUCGGUUGGUGCGGCUCUGUCUGCGGUCAGACCAAGGAGAAGAAGGCUGUUGCCAUCAGCAUGGUUACUAUGAUCAUGAACAUUAGCUUUAUCUGGACUCCUUAUCUCUGGCCCAAGAGCGACGAGCCUAGAUAUGCUAUUGCCAUGGCCAGCAGUGCUGCUUUCAGUAUUGGCACUGCUGCUCUUGCUUGGCUUGCUAAGAUUAUUCUCAAGAGACGCAACCAGAAGCUCCGUGCUCAAGAUAGCGAGACUGAGAUCUUCUAUGUCUACUAA